GUCUUUUUUUUUUGAGCGGCGAGCCUCCUCUCUCCUCGCGGCCGUGCAAACGCAGGCAGGGCGAGCUCGAGGGCACCGGUCGCAGCGACAACGUACCCAAAAACCGUGCAAAAUCCAAUCUUUGACCCAAUUGCAAUGGUCCAGUCCUUCAACCCCCAGGGCAUCCUCCUCUCCUUCCGCGCCUUCCUCUCCCCCUCCCUCGCAACCCCCCACCUCCACCUCCCCUCCAUCGCCCACAUCUCCUUCCCCGCCCUCAAACGCGCCGGUAUCCGCGCCAUCGCAUUCGAUAAAGACAACACCCUUACCGCACCGUACGCGGAUGAGAUAUGGAGUGAGUUCGAGGGAGGAUGGGAGGAGUGUAAGAGGGUUUUUGGGCGGGAGAAUGUUUGUGUGGUCAGUAACUCGUUGGGAACACCGGACGAUCCGAAUUUUACGGCAGAGAAGCGGAUCGUACAUCCUGGGCUCGGUGUCGAGGUCCUCCAACACACACUCAAGAAACCCGCAGGCUCCGACGCGCUCCUCGCGCACUUCUCCCCCCACCCCCCACACACAAUAGCUUUCGUCGGCGAUCGUCGGCUCACGGACGUAUACUACGGGAAUUUGGGCGGUCUGACGACGAUCUUGACGGACGCAUUUAGUUUCGAGAGGGAUAAUCCGGUUGCGAAGUAUGUGAGGAGGUGCAGCAAGAGAAAGGGGGAGUAUGAAGAUACGUAUAGCAGGCAGUUCGGCGCUGACCUACUGUAACCCCCGUGCGCGGAAGACUACGACGUCGCUCCACCCCACAACAGCUUCAUUCCCUCUCUCCUUAUGACUAUACAUGUUGGGGAGAGUCUGUGGCUCUUACAGGGAAAGGGUGAGGUCUGGGAGAGUCAUGUGAGCUUGAGCUUAUGGAAG